AUGGCGACCGCUACAGUGACCGAGCUCAUCACCAGAACAGUCAAUGCGACAACAGCCACAAGCAGCAGCACCAACAGGGCAACUCCUCAGGGAGGCGUUUUUGAACAUGUCAAUCCGACGGUGUACGAUCCCAAAAAUCCCAUCAUCCUCUUCAUAAUCCAGGCCGCUAUCGUUAUUAUAUUUACUCGCAUCAUCCACUUCCCGUUGGCAUAUCUUCGCCAGCCACGAGUCAUUGCAGAAGUCCUGACUGGAAUCAUAUUGGGUCCUUCUAUCAUGGGUCGGAUACCCGGUUUUACCAACCAUAUCUUUCCCACGGCGUCUAUGCCUGCAUUCUCACUGGCUGCAAAUCUGGGCCUCGUGCUGUUCCUGUUCCUGGUUGGUCUUGAAGUCGAUCUGCGUUUUCUCACCAGCAACUGGCGUGUUGCUCUGAGUGUUGGAGCUGCCGGAAUGGCUCUCCCAUUUGGUCUAGGUUGCGGUAUCGCUUGGGGAUUGUACAACGAAUUCCGGACCGAUCCCGGGCUGGCUCACAUAAGUUUCGGCGUUUAUAUGCUUUUCAUCGGUGUAGCCAUGGCGAUUACGGCCUUCCCGGUACUUUGCCGCAUCUUGACCUCGCUCAAGUUGCUGAGCACCCCUGUUGGCGUCAUCGUCCUCUCUGCGGGAGUUGGCAACGACGUUGUGGGCUGGAUCCUCCUUGCCCUUUGUGUGGCCCUUGUGAACUCUGGGGCAGGGCUUACUGCGUUGUGGAUUCUUCUCGUCGCCGUUGGCUAUUCUCUCUUUCUCAUAUUCGCUGUGCGACCGUGUUUUAUGUUCAUGUUGAGGAGAACCGGCAGUCUCGCCAAUGGUCCAACACAGACCGUCGUUGCAGUGACAGUCCUACUCGUCUUGGCUUCGGCAUUCUUUACAGGCAUCAUCGGCAUCCAUCCCAUCUUCGGUGCCUUCAUGAUCGGUCUCAUGGCCCCUCACGAGGGAGGAUUUGCAGUCAAGUUGACCGAGAAGCUAGAAGAUCUUGUCAGUGUCCUCUUUCUGCCACUCUACUUCGCUCUCUCUGGCCUGAGCACCAAUCUAGGCCUACUCAACAAUGGGAUAACGUGGGCAUAUGUGGUGGGAGUUUGUGCCGUCGCAUGGUUUGGCAAGAUUGCUGGUGGUACAAUCGCUUCGCGCUUGAACGGAUUAGUCUGGAGGGAGUCCUUCACCAUUGGUUGUCUAAUGUCAUGCAAGGGUUUGGUCGAAUUGAUUGUCCUCAAUAUUGGAUAUCAGGCGAAGAUUCUGAGUCAGCGCACAUUUACUAUCUUCGUCGUAAUGGCUCUUCUGACCACUUUCGCCACGACUCCUCUAACCGUCUGGCUAUACCCUCCAUGGUAUCAAAGAAAAUUGGAGCUCUGGAAAAAGGGCAAGAUAGAUUGGGACGGCAACCCGAUUCAGCAUGACGACGAUGCAGAUGAAGGCAACGAAGCUGACAUCCUGCGCAAAACAGACGUGGCGAAACGAAUCUUGGUCUACCUGCGCCUGGACGGUCUUCCAAGCCUCUUCACCAUGGUGACCAUGUUCGCCCACAAGCACGAUGAUUUAUACAAUCAAAAUCCACCAGCCGCACCUGAAGAGAACAACAGACAAGGAGCUGUUAUGAACAAUGCUGAAGCUUUAGUAUCGGUCACUACCCUCCGUCGGCCCCUGCAGAUUCACGGACUUCGCCUCAUGGAAUUGACUGAACGAGAAUCGAGCGUGAUGCGCGUCUCUGAGAUUGAAGAAUUUGCGGGUCGCGAUCCCAUCAUCAAGGCAUUUGGCACCUUUGGGCAAUCUCGUGCACUCGCUGUUGCAGGUCAAAUUGCCGUCGUGCCCGAGCAUUCGUUUUCGGGUACUUUGAUGUCUCGUGCAAGGGAACUGAGGUCUGAUAUGGUCCUAGUUCCCUGGUCUGAGACGGGAAGCAUGUCCGAAUACCCAAACAUUUUUGACACAGAACCAGGCAAUCCGCUGGCAAACCGCACCUUUGCCAAUUUUGCAACGGAAAUGUUUGACAAAGCUCAAGAAACUUGCUCUGUGGGAGUGUUUCUCGACAAGACUGUGCUGUGCAGGCCCGAUAUAGCAAACAUGGAACCAUUGUCAGCAAGCACCGAUCGCCCAGCUCGCCACCUUGGCCGUACGGUCACCGGCAUCAGCACGAUAGACCAGACCAAUCCGACCGUGCACUUUGGGCGGCCUCCCGCCGGCCUGGGGAGAUAUAGGUUGCUGGUCGUGUACGGAGGUCAAUCUGAGGAUGACUUAUUCGUCGUGAAAUUCGGACUGCAACUUGUAAAAAACGAGACGGUCGAUUUGAGGGUUCUGGUUCUCCCUGACGUCGCUGCCAGAGACGACGAGAUCCAAAUUAGCGACUACCGCCAGGAGCAGACGAGACAACAUUUGGGAUAUGAGUUUGAACUACUUCGCACGAGCGUGCCGGACUCGCUGAGCGAGAGGGUUACUUUUGUUGACCUUCCAAUCGGCAUUUCGAACCUCGACGCUCUCACAUCUGUCAUGGUUGAACCUAGUUCUGGAGAAACCAUCGUCAUCCUAGGUCGAAACACAGGUGGGCGGUCUACCGGGCGAGAAGAUUCACGAGUCCUAGGUGGUAUGGCUACGAAUUUGGUCCGCCUCAUCCACGAGAGGGCCGUGAAUGUAGGACUGCUGGUGAUGCAGGCGAGAAGAGAGCCUGAAGAAUCCACAGCGGCGGGACUCAGUGGGGGGAAGGGAAUGCAGCAGCUUACCAAAAAGGCCAGUAUCAUGAGUGAUGAUUAG